UUUAAAAUUUAAGAAAGACUUAUAUGGAUGAAAAUAAGUUGACAAGAAAUUUAGUUGAUGGGAUAACCAACCAUAUAUCUUUAAAUGACAUUCGCAUAUUAAUAGCAUCAGGCGCUGAUGUUAACGGAAUUGUAAGUCAUGGCCUUCAUCCUUUACAUUUUGCUAUUUAUGAAGGGGAUUAUGAAUGUGCACGUUUAUUAUUAAUAAGGGGCUGCGAUGUUAAUGCAUCAGAUGCCAUUGGCUAUACAGCUUUACAUAUGGCAGCUGAAAAAGGCCAUUUUCAUAUUGUCAAACUUCUUAUAGAGUUUCAAGCAAAAAUUACAUAUUUGCCUCAGAAUUCAAAAUUAAAUAUAAAUGAUAAAAACUGCAAAGAAAUUGGCCAAGAAACACUUGAUAUAUCUGAAGUUAGUAGUAGAGAUGUACUUCCUGGUGAAAUUAUUGUUGAAGAACCAUUACGAUUAGCUAUUAAAAAUGGACAUUAUGCAAUUGCUAAUUUUCUGCUGAAUAAUGGGGCUAAUCCUAAUCAACGCUAUUUUUUAGGUUCGGAGAUUAAUUUGAUAGAUCCAAUCAAAGAUAUCGAAUAUCUAGAACUGCUUCUUAAAUAUGGCUCUGAUCCUAAUGUGAAUGAUAGAUCCGGGAUAAACCCACUAAUGCAGGCUUGCAGAUCCAAGGGUAACAGCCUAAACGCGAUCAAAUUACUGGUGGAGCACGGGGCUGACGUCAAUUCCAGAUCGCAUGCCCGAUUAGAUUUCAAAACACCGCUGCAUUACGCUGUGAUAGGUGGUUCCAUACCCGUAAUCGAAUACCUUAGCCAAUCCGGAGCGGUGUUUAACUUGCCCAGCGAUUACGAUUGGGCCACCCCGCUCGAUUUUGCUAUACUAAAAAAUAGCCCCGAUUUAGUCGAAGCUCUCAUGAGGUUAGGAGCCGAUCCUAACAGAUGUUCCGAUCACAUAGGCACCUCCCUACACGUAGCCUGUUCCAACGAGCUCAGUAAUCAAGAAAGGAUUAUCGAGAUCCUUCUAAAAUACGGGGCCGAUCCAAAUCUUCGAUGUUAUAACAAGGAUGACCAAUACUUUUGGACACCCCUAGUUGAAUACAUCAACAUAAACGAAAACAAGACCUUACAUUUUGUUCAGCUCCUAUUGAAUUACGGUGCUCAAGCUGUAUUCAGGCUUCCGUAUUUAGAUAAUAGAGGCCUACUAAAAUGUUUGCACAAAUUGAAUCAAUAUCCUCAAAUAUUCCGUCUAAUCUUGGAGAACGGACAAAACUUUGACGUGGAGUCUAUAAAACGUCGUCGUUUAAUGUCGCCGCAACACAAGUCCUUGCUCUUAUCGUCCGUUUACGCGCCUAAAUCGCUGAAACAUUACGCGAAAAUAUAUAUCAGGCAAAACCUGAAAACGAAUAUCCUUUCAAAAAUUAACUCUUUUAAUAUACCCACGACUCUUAAAUUAUAUCUUUGCUGUUUGUAAAUAUUUAAUGGAUGGAAGAAAAAAAAGUAUUUGAA